CCCGACAGUACCAGCACCCCUCCUCCACUCCCGACACACUCACACUCUCUCUUUCCCUUGCCCUGUGCCUGUCUCUCUCCAUUCUACCAAGCAGCCGGCCAGACCUCUUCUCUCUCUCUCUCUUCUCCUGCCCUGUCGACAUCCAUCGAGCGCUCCACGCCUUUCUCCCUCAGCCUCCGAAGCCGUGCCCGUCUGCCGUUACUGCUGCUGACCAUCCGUGUCUCUAUCUACAACUGCAACAAGUUCCCUGGGACUUUUUUGGAAACUUUUUCCUCAAGACCUUUUCCUUUUUUGCUAUCUCCCUGGAGACUGCAGUACAUGUGGUGCUGUGUGUGAGAGGGUCUAGUGUUGCUCUUUGCCCUGGGGUCUCUGUACACCAUUGACCAGAGGAGAAGACUACUUGUCAUCAUGAUCAAAGUUCAGCUGCUGCUUCUGCUGGCCCUGGUCGGCCCCUUCUGUGCCGUCGCACACGCAAGUAAGUCAACACCCAGGGUUCGAGCCCUCUUGGCACACUGUGUCUUUUCUGUCUGGCCACUCUGCCUGGCUUUCACACACUCUCACACACCACACCUCUCUUCUCACACCCUUUGUCUGUUUGGCUUGUGUCCUGCCGCGUCCUGAAUUUGAAUCUUGGGGCUGCUCUUAGUUCUUUGUCCUUAGUUCUAAAGUUUCUCUCUCAAGGAAAAGUGAACACACCUUCUCUUUGGUUUGUUUGAUGUAUAGUUUAUUUUUAUUUAGUUUUUCACAGUAGUUAUUUUUUCAUUUGAAAUGUGUACAACUGUGGUAUCGGCAUCUUGUAUUCUCCUCUGGAGUCUCCACUAGAUAUAAGUUGUGAGUUUCAUUUAGCAGUGAAUUGCUUUGGCUCAUCCUGGAUGGAAAAAGAAGAGCUCUGGCUGAAGCUGUUAAUGUAAUAAAGAGGGGCGACUGGGUGGAUAGUCUGUGUCGAUUCUAACAGUUCCCUCUCUCCUUCCCUCCCUCCCCCAACACCCCUUCCCCAAGCCUCGGGGAGGAGGAAAAGUUGGAUUUGGAGACUGUGAUGAGGGAAUGUGAUGUAAUGGUGUGAGGUCUUGUGCCUCGUGCACAUGAUUUCUUGGCUGCUGGCAGUGAGAAAAAGGAAUAUCCUUUGGAAGGCUACCAAACAUUGCUCGGGUCUGACCUUAUAUACACACUGUACACGUUUAUCCGAAAGCAUAUCCCUCCCUAUCUUUCUCUUUCCCUCUCCCACUCUCCCUUGCAAGUCCUAGGUAGGAAAGCCUUUCCCCAUGGGGAGGGAGGGAGAAAAGUGAGCAGAGACAGUACAGAGUGCAGCAGGGCUGGGCUAGUUUGUGUGUGGGUAUUAAUAGAGGGUAGCUCUAUAUUUAAGACUGUCAUAUGGAUGGGAGCGUGAGAGAGAACACCCGGCUACGUGAGGGCUUAACAGUGAGGGCUACUGCCUGCUGCCCCACCCCUACCGCAUGUUGUUAGACUGACAGGGCCCACCACCCCCUCCACAUUUACCCAUCUUUGGCAGGGUAUCAAGCUUUACCAGCACCCCUCAACCCCCAUUCCGGCCGCCCCCUCCUCUCCUACUAUUCCCCCUACUUUCGGUUGAUGAGUCUAGGGCUGGCCCAGGGGGCAGUUGAGGGGGGUUUAUUUUUAAACGGCAACCUUUACCGACCAGAGGCAGCCCUUUUCACGAAGGCCCAUUUUGGAAGAGCGUUAACUCCUAAAGCUGCUCCUCUCUGCUCCACGCCCUGACAAAUAAAAUACAAAUAAUAUGAAUAAAAUAAGUAGAAAAACCUGCACACGCUCCGAACAGAGCCUGUUGAUUCUUUCUACCCACUUGACUCCCUAUGCAUUCCUCGCCCAAGCCCCUCCUGCCUCAUAAUGAUCUUUGUCUGAGCCUCUUGCCUUCAAAAGACUCACUCCAACACAUCUGGCUAAAGACCCGGGUCAAUACCCUCUGUCCAUGCGUGCUUGUAUAGUGAUUCAAGUGUGCGCUCACACACUAAAAAUGAGACGCACGCUGUAAAAUCAACUCAGGAAAGCAUCGCUUACGUCACCAGCGGGCCUUUUUUUAUGCUAUCCAAAAUGUGAAAGUUUGAAGUUGUAGACCUGCCUCUUUUAUGCCAAAUCUGUGCGGAGAGAAAAUACAGAUCUGUUUGAGUCGGCCAAGGCGGAGGCCAUUUUAGCUUGUGAACGCGGUAGCCCCAGACAGAGGUGUAGGGUUGGUGUGGCAGGCACUGACAGAGAGGGUAAUUCAGCCCUGCCAUUAGACCGAGAGGGCACCUCCACAACAUAGCCGAACCAAGGGCUUGUGUGUCUUCACUGUCAACGUGAACAUGAAUGUCUCACUCCUCUAGCACCUACGCCACAGGCUCAGACACAGAGUGAAGAGAAAAACAAAAAUAACUUAUACAACAGUGAACUGAUGGUAUCAUGUGAUGGCUUUCUGGACAUUCAAUUGAUAUAUUGCUAAAGCUCCCUUGAUAUAUUUAUUGUGGCUCCUUUUAAGCCAUCUCAAUUAAUAUUGCUGUAUUUAUUUUAUUUAUUAAGGGAUCCCUAUUAGCUGCUGCCAAGAGGAGGGGGGGGUUAACUUAAUGUACUGUUAAAGUCUACUUAAUAAUAGAUUAAUGAGUUUCACUGGAUUUAUCGCUAUGUUUGUUUUGGUGACUCCAUAUUUCACAGCAGUCAGCUUGAGAUAUAUUGGUGAUAUUUAGCCUAUAUAUUUUUUAAGUUCACAGGAUAAACGGCUCGAUAGAAGUCUUGUGCCAUUGGUGACCUUGAUUUUGUUUGUUUUAAAUGACAUGGAAACAACGUUGAUUCAACCACUCGAGGAAAAAAACAUGGCCUGUAUGUAGACACUAUUGUGUCUAAGAUAAGAGCCGGUGGGAAUAUUCCACUCUGGCUAUCAGACCUCUCCCAGUCAACUCAAAGUGCAACUCCUACGGUUAGCAUGGGAGGCUAGCGGUACUGCGCGGGCCAUACCGUGAUGAGAUGGGAUGGGGCCACAGCAGACACACUCCCUCACACGUCUGCAGAUGGGCCCUUCCUGUCUACAGACAGCUUAGCACAGGCAUAUCUCCCCCCUAAACUUACACACACCCACACUCGCAUACACACACACACACACACACACACACACACACACACACACACACAGGGGAGUCUCAGUGGCAGCUGAUUGUGAUGGUGAUGGAUGUGUCCUGCUCCCUCCCUCUCUCUCACACUGUAUAUUUUUCUCUCUCCCCCUCUCUGUCGUUCUCUCUCACGAUGCCAUUACUGUCCGACAGGCAGGAUCCCGACCCCAUAUGGGCCCCACUGCUUCUUUCCGGCCCUUUGCUGUAUUCUGUCACUCUCUCACUUUUCACUCUCGCCCCUUUGCCUGUUUGCCUGCCUUUUAUGGUCCCCCCCUCCUCCCCAAGGAGCUUGUUUGAGAGAAAUGUUAAAUCAGGGUCAACGAGACAGACCUUUAAUGCCCAGCGGUGAUUUAGGGAGCUGAUGAUACACACACACACACACACACACACACACACACACACACACACUGAAACUCAAGCAUUCACACACCAUUGGAGGCUGGUGGGAGGAGCUAUAGGAGGACGGGCUCAUUGUAAUGGCUGGAAUAGAAUAGGUGGAACAGCAUCAAACGUGGUUUUCAUGUUUGAUGUUUGAUACCGUUCCAUUAAUUCCAUUACAAUGAGCCUGUCCUCCUAUAGCUCCUCCCACCAGCCUCCUCUGUCACAACCACACAUCUGCUCUGAGGUCAGGCUAUGAUGGGACAUUAAACCAGAGACAGACUGUAGAACUAGGCCCCUGUUCAUGGAACAGGACGAGUGAGAGAGCGAAUAAACGAAAGUGGCUGCCGCUGGUCUCUCUAUACCAUUCCUGCUUCCCUCCUCCGUUUUACACCGCUCUCUCUCCCUCUCCACAUCACCCCGCUCUCCUCUUGCAGAGCUAACAUUACAGCAUUCCCAAAAUCUUUAUCAGGAGCAACUUCAUCCACGGGGUGGAGGCGGGGCAGGGAGAAGAUAGGGAGAAAGAGUGGUAGUGGGAUGGAGAGAAAAGUACGGUGGGAGAGAGAUAUAGAGAGAGGGAGAGGUAGUGAGUGGGGGAGCAUAGUGGGAAGGAGGGGCGGGAGAGAGCGAGAGAGAGGGAGACAGGGCAACAAUCCUGUUCUCUUACUCACUAGCACAGCUGUAUUACCCAGCACAGUUGGAAGGAAUGUUAUUUUUAACCUCGUAAAACAUUCUCUAUUGUAAAGGGUUUAGAAGAAUCAGUGGAAAACGGCAAAGAAAUGAUGUCAGGUUUUAAGUUUAGACAGAUCGGAGUUCAGAGACAUUUCGAACUGCAGAUUCGAAAGGGCAAAGAGUACUCUCAGGAGCAAGGAGAGAAGGCAGCAGAACAUGUUGCAAGUUUACCAUAAUUUCAGUCCUCCACUAAAAUGGACUUCUACUUAAUAAUUUUGAAGCUGCACUGUCCAAGCAAAGCUUUCAGUUGUGGUCUGGAAGGGAACAGGCACAGAUAGGACUUGAUAUGUAGAGUGCUACAGUAAGGUCUCACUCAGCUUCUAUUUUGCGGUCCAACCCUUUGAACAAAGAGGCUAUUCUUAUUACAAGAGGGUUUCAUACAAUUAUAGGAUAGAUUAUAGUACAUUUCACUACAAGCAUUGACAGUCCACUGAGCUCAGCUCAAAGAGCUUCCUUUCCAACUGUUAUUGCCAUCCAAAAAUGGCCAGAUGAGAGGAUUUUUUAAAGUUGAGAUCGUGUAGAUCUUUGGUCUCUCUGGUAACAUCACAAACAACUAAUUCGAACACAUCCGAGUAAUUUGGAUGCCGUUUUCUCAAGCAAUCUGCAACAACUGUUAAGCACCUAGUUGUGUUGUUUUAUACUGAAGUGUCCAUUGUUUCUUACCCCUCUUGGUGUUUUAAUGGUAUGGCCUCAUCUGCUGACUUCCUGCCAUCCCCAUCCAGGGCCUGUUAAGAUGGAGACUCCAUGAACAGCAAAUGAGGCAGAGGGUGUGGCAUGCGAGUGCGCAAACACGGCCCAAGACAGGAUGGAGAGGGGCGGGGUGGGUGGGACUGGGGAGGAGGAGGGAGGACCAACGUUUGUUCAGUCAUGGGAUGUGGCAGCCAUGUUCUCACUGCUACUGAUGAGUCAAGCCUUAGGCUUGGGAACAUAAUGUCGAAGAAGAAUGUUAAUAUUUAUGUAGUUUUUCUCUCAAAUUCUCUCACCAUGCCCUUGCAAUGAGGGACUUUCCAACCGUCAUUCUCUUUUUCCAGCUACUACAUUUCAAAACUAUUGUGAAAUGACAGAGAGAAACCAAAUGGUGAAUAGGACUCCACAAGCUGUUGUUUAGGGGAUUAACAUCACAUUGUGGUCCUCUGUAGCUCAGCUGGUAGAGCACGGCGCUUGUAACGCCAAGGUAGUGGGUUCGAUCCCCGGGACCACCCAUACACAAAAAUGUAUGCACGCAUGACUGUAAGUCGCUUUGGAUAAAAGCGUCUGCUAAAUGGCAUAUUAUUAUUAUUAUUACAUUCAAAAAGAAAUUAUCAUGUAUGUCAUCAACAAAUGUAGCCUUUCUCUUCAGCAUGUGCGAAUAUUGUUAAUUUGCCUCUACCAGUCUCUGACCUCUCUUUGCUGUCCCUCAGGCACACUGGUGACACCAGUAGAGCUGGUGACAGACGCCCCUGCUGCUCCCGAGGCCACCGUGGCCCCCAAAGAGGAAGAUCCCGUAGUCACCGAUGCCCCGGCAGCUGAACCCGAGGCUGCGGCCGAGGAGGUCGUAACGGACACCCCUGCCACCGAAGAACCCGCCGCUACCGAGGCUGCUGCCCCCGAGGCGACGGAGGUCGCUUCUGUGGAGACCGAAGCCCCUGCCGCCGCCACUGAAGCUGCCAAGCAGGAGACGGCCGCAACAGAGGCCCCUACCAUCAUCACCGAGGCCCCGGCGGAGCCCGAAGCCGAGGCCACGGCAGCUACAGAGUCUGAGGAGGAGGAGGUGGUGGUGGAAGAGCCAGAGGGUAAGGACUGAGGAUCUCAGGAUAGGAGAUAUCUGCAAUUAGAUAGAGAUAUAGAGACACCAUGAAGCUGAGGAAAUCCUCCCGAUGCUACAGUCUGUCUGCUCCCAUAGAGGGGAAUCAAAUAGAGGCCAAGGAUAUGUAGAGCUCAAGACACCAUGAGAUUGCUCUGCCCCCUGGUCUCUUAAUUUCUAUUCUUGCCUUUUAGUUGAUGUUGUCUUUGUUCUGUCUUUCCCUCUUUCCAUUCAUUUUUUCCUUCUCCUCUUGGUUUCCUUCCUGUGUUGUUGUUUCCCUAUUGAGGUCGGUCUGCUGGAGUAACUCAGCCUUUGUGUUCCUUCCACAGAGGGUAUGGGCUCUGGACAAGUGGUGGGUAUUGUUAUUGGUGCAUUAGUGGCAGUGAUCGUUGUCAUCGCCGUGGUGAUCGCCGUGGUGAGGAGAAUGGGUAAAUACUCGUAAGUACCUCCAAGGGAUACACAUAUUGAACUAGAAUGAGUCAUUCUAUGUCUAUGGAUACACACGCACAUUCAUAUGCAGGCAUGCACAUGCACGCAUACACACUCUGCAUGUCCUGUUUGCCUUGUCAUGAUCUUGGGAGAGGACUAAGCAUGCUGUAGAAGCAUGAAGCUACCAUAAAACCAUGCACAAUAAAACCAUGCACAAUACUCCACAACUUAUGCAUGCAGAUACAUACUCUGGGGAAGUAGAUAAAGAGCCUCAUUGCCAAAUUCCCAAACUAUCCCUUUAAGCCACUAUGGUGAAAUGGGUGUAGAGGGUGUUAUGAAGAAUGUAGUUUAAUAGGUAAGACACAACCUGCAUCACUUUUCAACCAUAACUGGUCCUCUUAACAUCAAAGAUUCAAAUAGAGGUGUGUGUAUUCCUUUGAAAAGGAAGUUGUAUUAACUUUUCAAAUGGGAACAAGAAGCAUGUUCCAACAGACCGCUGCUGUACUCUCUACAACACCUCUUCCUCUGAAUACUGUCAUAUUUGGGGAUGUGCUUGCCUGCUAACGGGGAACGUUUUCUAUGCCAUAGGGCUGCUGCUGCUGCUGCUAAGAAAAAGGCUGCCAAAAAAGAAAGCAUCUUGGUUUCUGUAAUUUUCUCUUUGAUUGUUAUCCCAGUUAAUAAUCUUAACCCCCUGACUCUCCAUGGUCCAACAUCACAGACACAUAACAAAGGCUGCAUCUCAAAUGGCACCCUAUUCCCUGCACUACUUUCAAAAGUAGUGCACUAUAAAGGGAAUCGGAUGUCAUUUGGGAUGCAGACAAACUGUCAGGCAGACAAACUGUCCGACAGGCUAUUGGUUGCUACUCCUCUCUGAGACAUCCACUCAUGGGCCUAUGAGCCAUCAGGCAUUGUUCAUUCACUGAAACAAGUGGCUCUAUUUGAGAUUCAAUUUCGGUCAAACGCCUUGUGUAUUGAAUUAGUAGGUCCAUUUGAUAAAUGGUUUCCCUGCUGUGGUGGCAGAAUUUUCCAGAAGACAGCCGUUUGGCUUUACAUCGUUAAUUGCGAUUGAUUAUGUUGCCAAUCUCGAUCACAUAUUGGUCUGAAACGGAGUAACAAUUCAAGGCUGUCAUCUUGAAUGUUCUACCUCGAUAACUAAUUCAAAAAUAUUUGUUGUUGUCAUUGGUCCAUUUUGAAACUCUUUGUUUGAAUUGACUAGAUUUGGAAUAUAAUACAUUUUACUUUCACAAAUAUCAUGAUUUCAAGUCUGUUUCUCCUUAUUUAAAACCAUUGAAAACAAACAAUAUCCUUAUCCCAAGCCAAAUAUGUCUGUACAGUGUCCAUAACCAAGAUAACACCCAGUAUAAUGAAGUGUGUGACUUGAAUUAAUUACAUUAAAAUAAUCCGUGUUUUUCUUUACUCAUUUUGGGGUCAAUGGAGACUCCUUAUAUUUAUGAAUUAUGACAUUUCAUUAAAAACUGCAGUAUCUACUAAAAGUAAUGUUCUGUAGGUGCUGUGUUAUCUUUAAAAUCAUAAACGUUUUAUAUUUUAUUUUCCAAACCAUCAACUGACAUUUUUAUGAGCCAUAACCAGAUGUUUAUGUGUGUUGGCCUGUGUGUCUUACUCUCUCUUUCUCCUUCUCUUUUCAUCCCUCAGCCCCUGAGGAGAAAGGCUGCAAGACAGGAAGUCCCCAAAAAGUUCUGGCAAUUCUGAACUAUGUAAUUUCCUGUCAUUAAACAAGCAUGCUACUCUAACUUAACCAGGAUCUUGGACUGUUGACAAAAGGAGGGGAAGGUGUGUGGGGGAGGAUGGUUGCCCACCUCUCCUCUUCUCCCCCAACCCCAAGACAGAGCCAUUGACAUCAACGGUCCUGCCCAACCACACAGCAACCCCCCAUACCAACAACCAAACUGAAAAAAAGGUUGCCCACAGGAUGUCACAGUGAAUUUCAGGGUCUUUCAUUUGGAUUCGUAAAAAUAAGUAAGGGAUUAUCUAACUUGUGGUAGAAAACGCUCUCUCUUAUGCAGUGGUGUGUACAUUAACACAGAUGUGCAUUUGAGUUGGUGAAGAGGACCUAAAAACGAUACAAAAAACGACACAAGAAAAAAUGGGAAUAUGGAAAAAAAGGAGACGGGAGAGAAUGUUGUGAAUUCCAUAGGGUGUAUAUACCAUGCAAAGGGACUAUAGUUAUUACUUUAUCAUAUGUUGCAGUUGCUCACUAUAGCAUUCAGUAUAUGGAACAUUGCAAAGCAGCCAUAGGCUAUUGUGGCCAAUGGACCUAACUGAAAAUCCUUCUGAAAAACCAACCACAUUAGUAUUUUGUCACCUUAACACCUAGCCAAUGAGUCCCUCACUACAGAAAUGUUCAACAACUAUAUGAAGCACUGUAUGCAGAAGUUGUAUUGACAUUGUGCUCAUGUUCUGAGGGUUAGCGAGGGGCUAAUGAAAAGACGCCUCAUUUGCAAGUGUAACGUGACAUUCUGCCAGCUUUAACACUGACAUAUAAAAACCUAAUACAUAUCUGUGAAAUUUAGCAGAAGGGUUUGUGCCACUGUCUCUGGUAUUCCCUGCAUCGUUUGGAGAUUUUACUAUUGAAGUACAUUAAUGUGAAUUGACUGUACUUUAACUGCCACCCAUUCCAAUAGGACAGCUUUGACGACUUCAGGUUUUCACUGAAAAAUGUGUUCCAUUUACAGGUAGUGGUCAAUAGCCCCCAUUCUGCUAGCAUUGUCGUUUACAAUGUAUACACCAUACUACUGCUUACUUUAGUUGGAAUAGAGUAUACACAAUCUUUAAAUGCAGCCCCCCCACACACAUUUUCUUCAUAGUCGUUAGUAGUCAUUAAUGGGUGUAAAAAUAAUUCAGUCUCAGCUUAGCUCCGCUUGCUUUAAGAACUCAGUUAAUAAGUGCACUGAAUGAGUGAUGAUAAUUGUUUAAUGAAUCCGCUUUAGACACUGCAAUCGUUUGCGACGACGUUUGUUUCCGCUUUUGCUCCAUAUGAUCAACUCUAGGUCUUUAAUUUUACUGUCUGAUUUGUUUGACUCCUUUUAUUUAAUUGCAGUGUUUUUGAUCGUACUGUUUCAAUAAAAAAGUGAAAACACUCCACAAAUACA